AUGUCAUCCCCCCCCCCCAGGGCCCCUCUCCUCGCCUCCAAACCAAAGAGUGACAAUGGGAGGAACAAGCAGUCUAACCAGUCCAGCCACUCUCCUCCCCAGUAUAAACUCCACAGUUUCAGUCUACUGCACUACGAUAAGGAGAGACUGGAGAGACAGAUUGGUGAUUACAGGAAGAGUAGGCGGGAUCCUCCAUCUGACCUGGUACAGCAACACAAGGAGGUCACACACAGGCUGCAGUGGCAGAAAGCCCAGCUAGAGAGAGCCUCCCCUACUCUACUGUCAGAGUAUGAGAAUAUUUUGCAGCGUUUUGCCCAGGGACUUGCUGAGUCAGUGAAGAGGUUUUCCAGCCAAGGCAACAGGGAUGCUGCUAAGGACGCUCUAGGACGGCUGAAGAUGGUGGAGACUGAGUUGGAAUCUCUCAAGAGGAAACGCCUGGUCUGAGAAGAGGACAGAGGGACUGGAGAGUUGUCUGGAGUACUGUUAUGUUACUCACACAGACACAGCCAAUCACCUUCAACAUCUCCCUGCCGCUCCUCUCUGCUCCUCUCUGCCUCCUCCACUAAUGCUCUUCCUUUUACUCUGUUCUUUACUUUGUAUUGUCAUUCAUUCAAUCAGUUAGGAAGAAGAACCCGUUUGAGUAAAACAGGGCUGCCUCCCAAAUGGCACCCUAUUCCCUAUAUAGUGCACUACUUUAGACCAGGGCCCAUAGGGACUAAUAUAGGGAAUAGGGCACCAUUGAGAUACACGGCAGAAUGGGAUCCUGUGGGAUUGAUAGUGACAUGAAGACAGAAUGCAGGGCAGGACAGAGAAAGGCUUAUUUGCACUUGAAAACAAAAACACUACCGAUUAUUACCAAAACCUUGCCGCCUUCACUAUAGUCUUUAAAGUCCUUCAAUGGCUCUCUCUCUUUCUCUCUGUUCAGAGAGUGGUGUGUGUAACUCCUGGUCUCCGCAUUGUGUGUGUGUGUGUGUGUGCAUGCGUGCGAUGUUAAUGAGUUUAAUCUAAUCUGUCUGCUCCACUAUUCCCAGAUUACUGUAAUAUGACCCGUUUGGUGCUGUGUGAUAUGGGAACUACACGGAAACGGGAACUAUAUCCCAUAAUGAGGGAUUAGCUAACACUGGUGUCGCCAUGGAGAUGUCUCAUUCAGGGAAGUGAGGAGAGGAGGUACCCCAGGGGUUAAAUUGAAGAGGACAGGAUUAGAAUUAGUGUAGAACAGACCAGUAGCUGUAAAACCCACAGGGUUAUCUUUGAAUUGGGAUAGAGGUUCUCUAUUCAUUGUAAUGCUAUGGUGCGGAGUCUGGGACCCCUCUUAUAGGACCAUAUUUAGCCUAUUGUGAUGUCAUCAAUUAGGCUUGCGUCCUGUCACUAUGACAUCAUCAGAAUGUUCAAAGGACUGUGUCAUCACCACAUUGUGAUGUCAUCAAUUAGAGGGUGUGACGCCAGAUCUUACAUCGCCUGGAUAGGUAUUUUACAGAUCAGCUAAACACAUCACAUGUUAAAGCAAUCUGGUGCACCGUUGAUGACGUGGCGUUCAACCAGUGGUUGAUGCAUGUGACAUCUGAGCAGAGAGACGCAACCAGAAUGUUUAACAAAGGAUCCCUUCAUCUGGUUGUGAUGUCAUCAGUUGGAAUGUUCUACAAAGGGCUACAUCCAAUUAUGAUGUCAGAAUCCCAGAAUAAAGCACAAUGAGUAAACUGUCACUAUACCCUGAAUCAGAACCUGAAGCAGAUACAGUAUGUGACUUAACCCGUGUCCAAGCUGGCCUGAUGUCGGCCCCAAAUCCUACAGGGAUCCUCUAAGAAUGAGAAGAAGAGGCUUCAGUGCACUUCCUGUUCCUCGCUCCGAAUGUCAUGGGCAGGAAAUGUGCGCUUUACUUCUUACUGACUUCCAGACAGGCAGAGAGAGGGGCAGAGAGAGGGACAGACGGGCAGAGAGAGGGACAGAGGGGACACAG